AUGCCUCCAUCAUUGCCAGUACGCGCAAAUGCGCUGAAACAGCUACUUUCCAGGGCCCCGGUUGCCUUGGAACGACGAUUGAUCAUAGGAACCACCACCUCCUUGCACCACCAGAAACGAGUUCUACAACCUAUCAAUCCCUGCAGAAGUUUUUCACAGUCACCGCCCUUGCUCAAGAAAAAGGGCAAGGCUGAACGAGAGAAGGAGGCAGACGAAGCGCCAGGGGUGGUCGAGGACCCUUUCGAUUUCUCGACCCUAGAAGCUGGCAUUGAAAAGAGUCUCGAGAAGCUCAAGAAUGACCUAUCGAAGCUCCGGACUGGUGGACGAUUCAAUCCCGAGAUCCUGGAGAAUGUCAGAGUGCAUUUGACAAAAGAUAGUAAGGCUACAGAACGAUUGGGGGAUUUGGCUCAAGUCUUGCCUAAGGGGAGGAGCGUGAUGCUCUUGGUGGGUGAGAAGGAGCAUAUUAAGCCUAUUGUUUCUGCGAUACAAGCCUCUAAGGAUUUAAACCUCCAACCGCAACCAGAUGCGACCAAUCCAUCGCAGCUGAAUAUCCCCAUCCCUCCACCUACGAAAGAGUCUAGGGAUCUAGCAUUAGCGGCGGCGAACAAGGCGGGUGAGACAGCAAACUUGGGAGUCAAGAAUGCUAGAGCGGCAAUGCAGAAACGGCUGAGAGGCAUGGAGCUCAAGAAGGCGGUACGGCCAGAUGAUCUGAAGAAGGCACAUAAGGAGAUGGAAAAGAUUAUAGAAAAGGGGACAGCGAACGUCAAGAAAGCUGUAGAGGCUGCACGGAAAACUAUGGAACAGGCAUGA